UCGAAAACGUUAAAUAUCUUUAUGGUUAUAAUAGUUUUGAACAUAUGCAUAUGUUUUAUUAUUAUGUAAAUACAUGUAACUGAAUUUUAAAUUAAGAAGUAUGGGCAAAAUGAGCUAUUUCUUCCUUUAAUAUAUCGUGGUGAAUCGUUCAUUUUCGUUGUUGUGACGGAGAUUCGCAGUAGGAUUGCUAGCUAGUGCAUACAUAAAUCGCUGUUCUGGUCAAGAAGGCCAAAUAGCGACAAGCGUCAUGUUGCGUUUGCCAUCCGUUAGCCGCGCGCUAGCAGGGGCAGCCAAGGGCAGCCUGGCCCCCUCCAACAAUGUGCGUACCUCAGCGAGAGCAGCCAGUAACAUGGUAGAGGUGUUUGUUGAUGGGAAACCAGUGGAGGUGCUGCCUGGAACCACCAUUCUGCAGGUCUGUGAGAAGAUGGGGGUGCAGAUUCCUCGGUUCUGCUACCACGAGCGCCUGUCUGUGGCUGGGAACUGCAGAAUGUGUCUGGUGGAGAUUGAGAAAGCCCCAAAGUUGGCGGCCGCGUGCGCCAUGCCAGUGAUGAAAGGCUGGAACAUCCUGACCAACUCAGAGAAGACCCGCAAGGCCAGAGAGGGAGUGAUGGAGUUCCUGCUGGCUAACCACCCUCUGGACUGCCCCAUCUGUGACCAGGGAGGAGAGUGUGACCUUCAGGACCAGUCCAUGCAGUUUGGUUCAGACCGCAGUCGUUUCUCUGAGGACAAGCGGGCUGUGGAGGAUAAGAACAUUGGACCACUCAUCAAAACAAUCAUGACCCGCUGCAUCCAGUGCACACGCUGCAUCCGGUGAGUACUAUACUCAGUUUGUCCCUCUCAGCCACCGUACUAG